AUGCAUUUGAAAACUGGAUUAAUAUUUCUGAUCAUUUGCCUUGCUCUCCAAGUUCAGGGAAGCAGAGAAAUUCCUAAUAAAAUAAACCGUGCUGAAGCCAAACAUCUUGCAGUCACCUCAGGGUCAGAGAAAACAGAAAGAACGACGAAGAGGUCCAGGAUAUCAACCAUAAGGAGGAUAUUUGACAUGGCAAAACACCGAACUAAGAGGUCAUCCUUUUUCUCCACUGGUGUGAAAGUUUGCCCGCAGGAAUCAGUGAAGCAGAUUUUAGCCAGUCACCAAGCUUACUAUAGAUUAAGAGUCUGCCAGGAAGCUGUGUGGGAAGCCUUCCGGAUUUUUCUGGAUCGGAUCCCUGACACUUCUGAAUACCAGAACUGGGUCACUGCCUGCCAGAGGGAAACCUUCUGCAUAUUCGACAUUGGCAAAAACUUCAGCAAUUCCCAAGAACACCUGGAGAUAAUUCAACGGCGAGUAAAACAUAGAACCUUCCAGGAAAGGAAAGAUGAAAUAUCAGCAGAGAAAACAGGAGGCAAAAAGGUGGAAGACAUUCCCUCCAUUUCUACAGGCUCUCCUGGCACACCUCUCUCUCCAUAUGCACCUAAUGGAACACUGCUCAAUGAAAUUUUCAACGACACAAAGACUCCUGUCAAGGAGCUGGGGACAAAUGCAGUCCCUGAACUGCCUGUGGAGCAAAUGGUGGAAUUCAGUGUCACUCUCACUGAUCAGGAGUACAUAGCUGAACUUAGUGACCCCAACUCCCCAGAGUACCAACAACUAGCUGCCAAAUUUCAGCUACAGAUGAAAAAGAUAUUUGAGAAACUUCCAGGAUUCAAAGAAAUCCGUGUGUUAGGAUUCAAACAGAAGAAGGAGAAAGAUGGAUCAAGCAGCACAGUGGCACGAUACGUGGUGAACUUUGAGAGAGAUGGCUCAGAAGCCGCAGGCACAGCAGAUGACAUCUCAACUAUUGGGUCUAACAAGGUUGAAAGUGAAAAAAUACCAAUUUCUCCAGUUGAGGAGAGGGAAAUAUCAGCCACUAGACUGACAGUGACAGACCUGCAGCAGCUGGUUGCCUCUGCACUCCACGAAGACCAGUCCCUGCCGGUGGACCUUGGAACACUGCAGUUCACUGAUGAAACUAUUAUACCACCUAGUGAUUUAGACAAUGAUAUCCAAGGAGUGGUCACUAUUCCUCUGGCAGGCCCUGAUUUGGAGGAACUCCCACUAGGUUAUCCCAGUCCAGCAACAGUGGAUCAAAGAGGAGAUGUAUUUGUUGGAGAGCCUACAACUGAAAGCCCUGCUCUAAGUGAAGAGAUCAGCAUCCCUGAAGAAUUUAAUAAUUUUAUUACGUCAGAACCUGAUUUUCCUACCAAACCCUCCAGAGAACCAUUUCAGGACAGAUACCCAUACACCCAAGCUAUUGCUACCGACCUCCCAAGUUUCACUGUGCCUUUCAGUGCUCUGGGCAGCACCAGCAGUCCUGCAAAACCAGAGGAUUCCUAUUUGCCUCCCCCAGCAGAUGACUCUGCUGGCCAAGACUUGCUGACUGAUGUUGAUGAGCCUCCAGUGGAGCUGGCUACUGCAGGAAGCUUCACCACAGCUGAUCUCCUGCCUGCUGCAGAGCUGGAGAGUGCAGCUGAGGAGCAGGGGCUGACUGAUGCUGCAGAGCCUCCCUCCAAGGAGCCCGACCCAGAGAGCCUGUCUGGACAAGCAGUUAAGAUCAUGGAAGAAGCAGAAUCAUCGGGUGAUGACCUUUUUGCUACAGCCAGCACCGACGGCAGGUUGCCUUUCUCCCCCGGCCCGGGCGCUGUCCCCACCGCGCAGCCCGGAGCCGCCCUUACGGAAGCGCCGCCGCCCGCAGCCCCCAGCCCGUCCUACGGCCCCUCGGAGACCAUCGAGCAGUCCCUUGAGCUGCCGGGCCCGGACGGCCCCGGGCCGGGAUUGCAGGACCUCGCUGCCGAGCUGGGCACGGCGGCGCUGGACGAGGAGCCGGGCAGCGCCUUCAUCCCCGCGCUGACCGCUGGCCCGGCCACCAGCCCGGCCCCCGCGCUCAGCUAUGUCACCACCAGCUCCAUGACAACUGCCGCCAAGGGCAAGGAGCUCGUGGUCUUCUUCAGCCUGAGGGUCACCAACAUGCACUUCUCCGACGACCUCUUCAACAGGAGCUCCACGGAGUACAAAGCGCUGGAGCAACAGUUCCUGCAGCUGCUACUUCCAUACCUCCAGUCCAACCUUACAGGUUUUAAGCACUUGGAAAUUCUCAACUUCAGGAAUGGAAGUGUGAUUGUGAACAGCAAAAUGAAAUUUGCCAAGACAGUGCCAUACAAUAUCACAGAAGCAGUACACUGUGUUUUGGAAGAUUUCUGUGAUGCUGCAGCCCAACACCUCAAUUUGGAGAUUGACAGCUAUUCCCUGGAUAUUGAGCCAGCUGAUCAGGCAGACCCCUGCAAGUUCAUGGCGUGUGACAAGUUUUCCGAGUGCGUGAUGAACGAGUGGACCAAGGAGGCGGACUGCCUGUGUAAGCCUGGCUAUGCCAGCCAGGACGGGCUGCCCUGCCGGAGCCUGUGCGAGCUGCAGCCCCACCUCUGCCUCAACGGGGGCAAAUGCGAGCUGGUGCCCGGGAGAGGAGCUGUCUGCAGAUGUCCCGUACGUAGACACCAGCUUUACCAAGGACAGCGCUGUGCAAAAUUUGGUCCAGAACCCACACAACCCUUCAUUUUUAAACAUCUCAUUCUUGGCUUAGGAAGUCUUGGUUUUCUUUUCAUCAUUUUAAUUAUUAAGAUAAGAAGAAAAUGCAAAAGAAACUCUAACUUGCAAAGUCCUACUCUCAGCAGCUGCAAUUCAGAAAAUGCUGUAAGGAUUAAUCCUGCUUUUGAACACGAUGAGCCCCUAUCUAGCUUUUGUCACACGACUUGCAGUGUAAGUGCUUGUCUCAGUUCCUCAGAGAUCCUUGAUCACGAAGCAUUACAUGAACUUGAAAACACAAUUCAGCCUGGAGGUCACCAGAUGAGUUUACAAAACCAAGACUGA